CUUAAUCAGUAGUUUUUCAUCAUUGGACUAGCAAGUCUCGUUCUUGUUCGUUCUUCUGUCUAUAAAGAACAGAAUAACAGUUUUUUCUACUUGGAUAUUCUGAUAAGACAGAAUGAUAUAUUAUUAUCUCAUGAUGAUUAUUGGCAUUCUUUAUUUCUUCUUUGAUAUUAAUUAUUUUGUGAGAUUUUUAUUCACGCUCAUUUGGACCAAAUUUAUUCAAGAAAAGACAAAACUUUUAGACGAAACUACGAUCUAUGGUGUAUGUACUACUCAAGACUUGGACGUUAUUAUGUCACAUAUGAAUAAUGCAAGAUAUCUGCGUGAAAUAGAUUUUUCUCGUUUCCAUUAUUUUAUACGAACCAAAGUGUAUUCUUCGUUGAAGAAAAUGGGUGUCAAGUCAGUCCUCGGUGCCUCGUGCACAAGAUAUCGACGAUCGAUUCCUUUCUUCAUGAUGUACAAAAUUACGACUAAGUUGAUUUAUUGGGACGAAAAAAGUUUCUAUUUCGAGCAUAAAUUCAUAAAUGUUCGAGAUAACUUCAUUCAUACCAUUAUUCUUAGCAAGCAAACGACGAUUGGCAUGAAGAUGUCCUUAAACGAAUUUUUCAAGGAACUUGAACCUGAAAUUUGUUUGCCUGAGAUAAACGAUGAUUUGAGAUUAUGGAUGGAAUCGAUGCAACACUCUUCUCAGAAACUCAAAAAGAAGGAUUAGAGAUCUUUUUUUUCUCUUAGAUUUCUCAAAAAAUUUGUGAAAUUAUAUACGAGUUCUAUUUUUGUUAUCAUAUUAAUCUAUUUUCGUUUAAAAAUUCUUUGUAUCUAUCGAGCGUUUUAAAUUAAUUAAUGGUGACAGUAUGAUGAACCAAUAAACAAGGACGUACACCAGAAA